AUGUGGGUGAAUUGGAUGCUGUUGGUGGCGCUGGGAAGAGAACGCGAGGUGGAAGGAGUGGAUUGGGAGGAGUAUUUUAACGAUCCGGAGCAUGUGAUGGUGAAUCUGCGAUGGCUGGGCGAUGUUCGGAACGUGGUCUGGCUGAUCUUGUUUCUCCAGUUCUGCAGGGUGGUGUAUUGGAUUGGGAUGCAUUUGUAA